UGCUCCCUGGUAGAGGUUACAUGCAAGGGUCACGACGCACAACAACAUGGCGAGUCUGUUGUUGAACACAUGUCGAUUUAAACACUUAUUGAGUGCUUCAACAUGUUUGCGACAGUAUCAUCAAGUCACACCUACAAAAUACCGAACAUUGUCAAAAUAUCUACGAAACAUUAAUUAUUCUGUGUGUCGAAACUUUUCGAAAUCCGUCAGACUUGCAAGUGAGUACGAUGAAGUAUUCCGAGAAUCACUGAGCCACCCAGAGGAGUUUUGGGGCGAAGCCGCCGAAAAGAUCACCUGGCACAAGCCUUUCGAACGAGUUCUGGAUCAUACUAAUCCACCGUUCACAAAGUGGUUCGUUGGAGGUGAAUUAAAUACAUGUUACAAUGCAGUGGAUCGUAAUGUAGAGAAUGGUCUUGGUGAAGAAGUGGCUUUGAUACAUGAUAGUCCAGUAACAAACACUGUCCAACAUAUCACAUAUAAUGAACUACUAGAACAGGUCAGUUAUUUUGCUGGAGUACUCAAUAAAUUUGGUGUUGUACAGGGUGACAGGGUAUUGAUAUAUAUGCCAAUGAUUCCACAAGCUGUGAUUACUAUGUUAGCAUGCAGUAGAAUCGGAGCCAUUCAUUCACUGGUAUUUGGUGGAUUUGCUUCCAAAGAAUUGAGCACUAGAAUCAACCAUGCCAAGCCUAAAGUGAUUGUAUCAGCAUCAUGUGGUAUUGAACCAGGAAGAAUUGUGGAUUACAAGCCAUUAUUGAGCCAGGCUAUUAAUAUGAGUGAUCAUAAACCGUAUAAAUGUGUGAUCUAUGACAGACCAAUGAAAAAGGCUUCUUAUGAAGAUGGACUGGAUGUGAGUUGGGAGGAAGAGAUGUCAUCUUCACGACCACAUGAUUGUGUUCCUGUACCAGCAACAGACCCUGUAUAUUUGUUGUAUACGUCAGGUACAACUGGCACACCCAAGGCUGUUACACGUCCUACUGGUGGUCAUGCUGUUGCGUUAUUCUGGACGAUGCAUAACAUUUAUGGUAUAAAACCAGGGGAGGUUUGGUGGGCAGCAUCUGACCUUGGCUGGGUCGUAGGUCAUUCUUAUAUUUGCUAUGCGCCAUUGCUACAUGGGAAUACAUCUAUCAUUUAUGAGGGUAAACCAGUUGGUACACCUGAUUGCGGUGCAUUUUUCCGUGUUAUCAAAGAGCAUGGCGUAGUGUCUUUAUUCACGGCUCCUACUGCACUGCGAGCUAUACGAAGAGAGGAUCCCAAUGGAGAGAUGAUCAAAAAUUAUUAUUCUGAUACGUUCCGUGCCUUAUUUGUUGCUGGUGAGCACUGUGACCAUGAGACAAUGGACUGGGCAAGAGAGGCUUUAGGAGUUCCUAUACUAGAUCACUGGUGGCAGACUGAAACUGGUUGGCCCAUUACAGCAACAAAUGUAGGAUUAGGCAAUGAUUUGUACCCACCCUCAGGCUGCACUGGUAGACCUGUACCUGGAUGGGAUGUAAAAGUUCUCAAUAAUGAGGGUCAUGAAACUGCUCCUGCUGAACUUGGACAGAUUGUUGUCAAGUUACCACUACCACCUGGUUUCAUGUCCACAUUGUGGGAGAAUGACCAAAAGUUUGCAGACCUUUAUUUCACCAAAGACAGGAAAUAUUAUGACACAAUGGAUGCUGGUACUUGUGAUAAAGAUGGCUACAUAGCUGUGAUGUCACGAGCUGAUGAUGUCAUCAAUGUGGCAGGUCAUAGGUUAUCAAGUGGUGCAUUGGAAGAGGCAAUGCUAGAACAUUCUGACUUGGCAGAAUGUGCUGUGAUUGGAAUAAAAGACAGCUUAAAGGGACAUGUGCCGCUUGGAUUGUGUGUUUUAAAAGCAGACAUUGACAGACCUCAUCGUCAAAUAGUGACUGAAGUUGUGCAGACAAUACGAGAUACAAUUGGACCUGUGGCUGCAUUCAAGAGAGCUGUAGUGGUUAAAAAACUUCCUAAAACCAAAUCUGGCAAAAUCUCAAGAUCUACACUUAUGGCAAUGGCUAAUGGUCAGCCAUUUAAGAUUCCUCCCACGAUUGAGCAGCCUGACGCCUAUGAAGAAAUCAGGGAAACAUUAGAAAGUAUUGGAAUGACAAAACUCAGCAGACCAUCUCUUUGAAACAUUUAAAAUUCAAGAAUAUAUUAAACUUUCCAAAUUGAGUUGGCAUGUGAUGCUGACAUGCUU